UUUAUAUAAAAUCAACUGAGCAUAUCUGUUGGAAUUCAUUAAACGUUUUACUGCCACAGGCCGACGUACAGCGGUUCGAAAUUCGAGAUUCGAGAUCCGAGAUCCAAAAGCCGAGAGCUCCGCACACGAAAUAUCCACCGUCUUCUCACACGCACAUCAAGCAGCAGCUCAAUCAGCCAGCAAAUAUGAAAUUCUUAGUCACCAUCGCCGCCCUCUGCCUCUUCGUGGCCUUCGCCGCGGGUCAGCAAUACUUUCUGGGACAGUUCCCCAGCCGGGCUCGCUUCGGAUUCGAUCCCGUGGCUCUGGCGGGACCCUCAUCCGCCACACAGGUCCGAGAUCCUCGACAGAACAGAGGACCCGUGGUGUUCCCCCCAUCCCCGCCAGAUGCAGUGGACGAGUCUAGCGGCGUGGUCGUAGGCGCCUCCGGAUACGGUUUUGUGCCGCCCCAGCAAAGAAAACUCUCUGGUUAAAGUAACAAAUCUUCCCCACACCGAAUACCAAAUCUUCCCCACACCACACCACACCACACCGACUAGCAGUAAUUAACCCAAAGCACACACACACUUUGCACACCAGCACCAGCACCGGAAACGGAAAUGCGUCCCUCUUAGCUAAUUACAGCCGCCCACAAAAACACCCACUAACUCGGCACCUCUUCCCCCCUUCCCCUCCCCUUAAAAUAAACUUAACAUUACUUAGUUUAAUUAGCUUGAAAUCCCAAUGUUAAUUCCCAUUUUAUUGUUUCGUUUUGUAUUUUUAUUUCUCUUAUGAUUUUUGCUUUCUUAUAAUUUAUGUUUCAAAUUGGAAUUGUAUUAUGAUUUUAUCUUUUAUUUUACCUUAUUUUAUUUGUAACCAGAAGCUAAAUUAAAAUUAUGAAUAAACCGAAAAAUAUU